GAUUUUCGGGCAUUUACUUGAAUAGUCCAUUUAUGAUGUUGAUGGCAUUUAAUGGUGGAUGGUAACUUACUGAAAGAGUCGCACCUCAUAACCCUAAUAAUGUAAAUUAGCACCAUUGCAUUAAAGCAAUACUUAUACAUAUUAAGCAAAUGACUCAUUAGACUAUGGGGUUGUGGCCUUGUGGUAUAUUUUUCUUGUGGAUUUUUUUAGAUAUAUUUGCCUGAUUCUGUGUUCUCAAUGUUCUAUACACGUUUAUUUAAUUAGCGCAUGAUAUGGUCUUGAGUCAUCGGAGAUGAAUUUGCAGAUUAGUUCUCUCACCAUAAAACUGGAUUAAGAUGACCUACACUAACAUUAAUGUGAGAUCGCUGACUUUCUGAAGAACUCUGGGUUUAUGUUCCUUGGUUUUGUUUUAAAGGACAAAGAGACUUAAUUGUGAGCUCUUGUAACUGCAAUAUUUCUCCAAAUGUAUGCAUUCAGGUUUUCUGUGAGUAAGUAAAGUAUGCACGUUAAUAUUAUGCAUGUUAAUAAAAUGUGACUGCGGUAACUGAACUACAAUAGACUGAAUACUGCUUGUUCUGUAGAUACAUAGCUCUCAAUAACUUCGUUAGAUUUGUUAUGUUGGAAAAGGCUAACCAGCCACCAUGGGAAACAUUUUUGGCAAUCUUUUGAAGAGCCUCAUUGGGAAAAAGGAGAUGCGGAUUUUGAUGGUCGGUCUGGAUGCAGCUGGGAAGACCACAAUCCUGUACAAACUGAAGCUGGGAGAGAUAGUGACUACCAUUCCUACCAUUGGUUUUAAUGUGGAGACUGUUGAGUACAAGAAUAUUAGUUUUACAGUGUGGGAUGUUGGCGGCCAGGACAAAAUCCGAUCUUUGUGGCGUCACUACUUUCAGAACACUCAAGGUCUGAUAUUCGUGGUUGACAGCAAUGACCGUGAGCGAGUGAAUGAAGCCAGAGAAGAGCUGAUGAGGAUGUUGGCAGAGGAUGAACUGAGAGAUGCUGUACUCCUCGUCUUUGCCAACAAGCAGGAUCUGCCAAAUGCCAUGAAUGCUGCAGAAAUAACAGAUAAGCUUGGUCUCCACUCCCUGCGCCACUGCAACUGGUAUAUCCAGGCAACCUGUGCCACCAGUGGAGAUGGUCUAUAUGAAGGCCUGGACUGGCUGGCUAACCAGCUCAAGAACAAGAAAUGAAUCGGACCUGAUCCACACGGAACUGGUGGGAGAAGAGUCACCUGAGUGGCAGCACACCAGUGGUUUCGAAGUUUCUUUCAUUCUGUUUACAAGUUGAGACCACUGGGAGCCACUGAACAAUCUGAACAAUCCUUCAGUGUAUUCCCCAAAUAAGCCCAUCUCUUUUUGCCUAUGUCAUGACUCUAACAAAUUGAUGAGAUGAUUGGGUAGUAUGAUUUUCAUCUUUACUAGUAAAGAUAGACAUGGUUUGCUAUUUACUUGAAAUCAAAGUGAUUUAACUCAAAAAUGAGAGUUUAGUGUUCUUGUGUCUGUACACUGUAAAUGUAAUAGGGACUGAAUGAAAAGCAUUUAUUUGUAUUAGAAUAUAGAAGUAACUAUUAAAUGCAGGUCAUUUAAAUUAUAUUAAAAAAAUUAAUAGCUGUGAAACCUGUUGAUGGUGAUGCUUUUUGGGCAUGUAUGCACACAUAACCAAUUGUCUCUGCACAGGUUGCAAAGCAAGCUUUGGUUAGUUCUGUUUGUAAAUAGAUUAAGGAACUGUUUCUUGUAAUCCUCUCAUCACUGCUUGAUAAAAUAGCACAUUGAUCCAACUUUGGUGCAGAUAUUAUUACCCCAACAGCUGUUGUGGUGGUUCUGUUCUAUGGUUUAAUGCAUUUGUUGUGUCACAGUUAACUAUAUUUGCUGCUUGUGCAUGCUGUCUGUCUUGAGUGUAAACCUGCUUGCAUUGAAUGUGUAUUAUUUGCGUUGUGUUUGUGUAGGUGAAAAAGUUCUAGCCCUGUUACUAUUGUAGCUAAAUGUAAUAGGUUGUACUCUGCACAUUUAAAUCCAUACAUUGCCGAGUGUCACAGACUCCCUCUGAUGCCUUUUAAAUCUCUUGUAAUGGUUGGAUUUCAACGUGGACCUGGUGCUACUAAUAGAGUAGAAUAAUAAAUGGUUGCGUGUGUAUGCUCAUGAAUGAUUAUGUUUAUAUAUUACACCCUUAAUAAAGUAUGCAGUUAGAUA